AUGUUGUGUAGUAGUUCGAAACUUUCGAUCAACAAAUUAAUAGAAGAGGUUCAUGCCUGCGUAACUGUUCGAGAUGCCAAGCAUACGAAUUUCGUAGAGUUUCGAAAUUUUAAAAUAGUCUACCGUCGUUACGCCGGACUUUACUUUUGCAUUUGUGUGGAUAUUAUGGAUAAUAAUCUCUACUACUUAGAAGCUAUCCAUAAUUUUGUAGAAGUGGGUUCUAUUGAAUAUUUCUUGAGAGUUCGAAGA